AUGAGCAUCGGAGCUGCAGCCAACGGCACUGCAGGCCUUGCUGUCCCAAGUCACAACGCCCACGCUGCAGCUACGGCUACGGCUACGGCUAUAACAUCGCCCUACCAACACAUUGCCGACUUCAUCUCUAAUGUCGGCAAGUUCAAGAUCAUCGAAUCAACACUAAGAGAGGGCGAGCAGUUUGCCAAUGCUUUUUUCGAUACUGAGACUAAGAUCAAGAUUGCCACCGCGCUGUCCGAGUUUGGUGUUGACUACAUUGAGUUGACUUCACCAUGCGCAUCUCCCGCCAGCCGAGCCGACUGCGAAGCCAUCUGCAAGCUCGGCCUCAAGGCACGCCAAGAUCCUUACUCGUUAGUUGGACCAAUUGCCACGUCCUCUGCUCUCUCAAUCGAGGAUGCCAAGAUCGCUUGUGACUGCGGUGUCGACGGUGUCGACGUCGUCAUUGGAACUUCCAGCUUCCUCCAAAAGCACUCACACGGCAAGGACAUGGCCGCCAUCACCAAGCAGGCCCUAGAGGUCGUCAACUACAUCAAGAGCCGAGGUGUCGAAGUCCGAUUUUCCAGCGAAGAUUCAUUCAGGAGCGAAGCCGUUGAUAACGCCGGCGUCCACCGGGUGGGAAUUGCAGACACUGUGGGCUGUGCCUCUCCGAGACAAGUCUAUGAUCUUGUUCGAACCCUUCGUGGAGUUGUCAAAUGCGAUAUUGAGUGCCACUUCCACGAUGACACAAGCUGCGCCGUUGCCAACGCUUACUCUGCUCUCGAGGCCGGCGCUACUCACAUCGAUACCAGCGUUCUGGGUAUUGGUGAGAGAAACGGAAUUGCUCCUCUCGGCGCUUUUCUUGCGAGAAUGAUUGUGGCCGCUCCCGAAUACGUCAAGCGCAAGUACGACCUUCACCGUCUCAAGGACAUUGAGAACAUCGUUGCCGAGGCUGUUCACAUCAACGUGCCCUUCAACAACCCGGUUACCGGCUUCUGUGCUUUUACUCAUAAAGCGGGUAUCCAUAGCAAGGCUAUUCUGAACUCACCCUCGACAUAUGAGAUCAUCAACCCCGAGGAUUUCGGCCUGAGCAGAUACGUCCACUUUGCCCAUCGUUUGACUGGAUGGAACUCAAUCAAGAGCCGCGUCGAGCAGCUGGGACUUCACAUGACCGAUGCUCAAGUCAAGCUACUAACAACCAAGAUCAAGGCCAUGGCUGAUGUACGUCCCCUCGCCAUCGACGAUGCGGACUCUAUCAUCAGAGCAUUCCAUCUUGAUCUUCAAGAGAGGGACACUACCGAGGCCUGGAAGAAUUAA